AUGCUCAGCUACAUCUACCACCCAGCAGGCCCCGUCGUCAUUCGUACAACUAGCGCCGCCAUUUCGCUCAUCUAUCGCGACCGCGGCUGGCUAAUCACACAAUCCUUUUCCGACGUCCUUCGUGACCACCCAGAAUGGCGGUCUACGCCAGCUCCUCCCACUUCAAAACCUACACACAUUUCUGGAGUGAGCAUCGCGACCCGCAUAGGUUCCGUAAUAUUACCCUUCCUCAGUACUACGAUGGCAAUAAUCCCGAGCUAUGCACCGACUGGCGUGGGAAGUUUGACGCCUAUAAUAGUCGGUAACUGUGGUAGAGGGGAAGUAGAGCGGAAAGAGCAACAAGAGCCAGUUGGUAAUUUUGCGCCAAUACAUUGGAUGACAGCGGUAGAACGAUCCUGGUACCGGGAUCGUGCGUUGCUUGUUCCGAUCAUAGGGUGGCUCAAGUGCGAUGAAGGUGAAGAAACAUUUGAGUAUAGACUUGUUGGUGGGGAGUUGGAUUUCGAGGCACCACCAGGGUACGAUGCGCACGAGUAG